CACGCACCUUUUAACGCGGAAAUUCUCUCUCUCUCUCUCUCUCCCUCUCUGUCUCUCUGUGUUCUUAACGCGGCAUUCCCACGUUUCUUUAUUCAAUCCAUUUUCUUUAUUCAAAGCUCGUCACCUACCAAACCCACGUAUUUUCUAACUAAUUUGCAAGAAUCAAAGGUCGUACAGAACUCAUUUUCACAACCCAGAAACCAAAAGAGCCGAACAGAGAGAGAGAGAGAGAGAGAUGUUGGAGCAGUGCUGGAGGCCACUGGAGAGUUGCUUUGGAUGGGGGCGGAAAGGGGAUGAGCUUCUAUGGGACACGAACCUCAAGCCUCACGCUUUGGGGGACUACUCGAUCGCGGUGGUGCAAGCCAACUCGUACCUUGAAGACCAGGGACAGGUGUUCACCUCUCCUUCCGCCACGUACAUCGGUGUCUACGACGGCCAUGGCGGCCCCGAAGCUGCUCGCUUCAUCACCCACCAUCUCCUCCCUUUCCUUCACAAGUUUGCAACAGAACAGGGUGGAUUGUCAGAGGAUGUUAUCAAGAAGGCAUUUGAUGCCACAGAAGAGGGAUUCUUACACUUGGUGAAGCGAUCGUUGCCUUCUCGGCCGCAGAUUGCUUCAGUGGGUUCAUGUUGUCUUCUUGGGGUUAUUUCAAAUGAUGUUUUGUAUGUGGCUAAUCUCGGCGACUCGAGGGCGGUUCUGGGCCGCCGAGAGUCAGAAGGACGGGGAAAUAGUCCGGUGGUGGCGGAGCGGUUAUCUACUGAUCAUAAUGUUGGAGUGGAGGAGGUGAGGAAAGAAGUCAAGGCACUUCACCCUGAUGAUUCACACAUUGUGGUGUAUACCCAGGGAGUUUGGCGAAUCAAGGGCAUUAUUCAGGUCUCAAGAUCAAUUGGAGAUGUCUAUCUGAAGAAACCCGAGUUUAACAGAGAUCCUCUUUUCCAUCACUUUGGAUUACCCAUUCCUUUAAAAAGGCCUGUAAUGACGGCAGAACCCUCAAUAGUGAAUCGAAAGCUAAAACCAAAUGACAUGUUUUUGAUAUUUGCAUCGGACGGUCUCUGGGAGCAUUUAAGCGAUGAAGCAGCUGUUGAAAUUGUCUUCAAAAACCCAAGAGUUGGAAUAGCAAAGAGGUUGGUGAGAACUGCCCUUCAUGAGGCUGCAAGAAAAAGAGAAAUGCGGUAUGAAGACAUACAGCGAAUCGAAAAAGGCGUAAGGCGUCAUUUUCACGACGAUAUUACCGUCAUUGUUGUAUAUCUGGAUCAUUCACGAGGUUCUCCAAAUGGACUCAAGCAUCACAGCCUCCCUAACUGCACUAAUGCCCCUGUAGAUAUUUUCUCCCUAAAUGCGGAUGUGGAUGAUCCAGAGGUCCCACUUCAUCCCAUCUCCUAAGCGAACGAUACUCCAAUAAUCUGUUAUGUUCUGUACGUACAAGUAGUUAUAUAGAAAGGUGCAUCUGGCUUGAAGCCAGGAUACGGCCCCAGAAUUUUUAUUUCACAGGAGAGAGUUUGUACAUAAUAUUGUGAAUGAAGGUUAACAGAUUGAAGCUCCA